AUGGUCUUCUAUGGUCGCAAGAGAUAUGUGGACCUUCUGGAUUGUUACCUCCAACAGAACCUGGCAUCCAACGGUGGCUACUUCGACGAAAUUUGGUUCAUGGCUCACACCAAGGUUGAGGAUGAUGUUAAAUGGGUUGAAGAGCUCGUCCAGAAGACACCCGGUUACAAACUUGUUGGCAAGGGAGUUUGCGAAGGUAAAAAGUACAAGUGCAUGUGGAACUAUGCGGUUGAGGACAACACCAUCUACGUCAAGAUAGAUGACGAUAUUGUAUAUAUCCACCAUGACGCUAUCCCUCAACUCAUCCAUACUCGCAUUGCCCUGCCUCAUCCGUAUGCCAUCUCGGCAAAUUUAGUCAACAGCCCUGUAACGGGCAUGGAACAGUACCACUACGGUGCUAUUCACCCCUUCCUUCCGGAUCCAAGUAGCAAGCCGUCGUUCCUCGCAGCGGAAUCGUGGCGCGUAUCCGAGAAAAAGAGGUAUCCCGAAGAGGAAUUGGUAGCCGAUUAUGAUCUUAUGGAUAUUAAGCCCUCGUACCGUGGUCACCCAUGGCUUCUUAUCUCCGACGACCACUAUGACCUGCUUAAGACUCCGAUGGGCAAAUAUGACCAGGACCGCGGCAGUGAUCCGAUUGCUUUCGGCGCAGCGUGGAAAUCGUGGGCUAUUGGUGCGCAACAGCAGUACUCCCUAUUAUACAAUAUUGAGCAGAAUAAGAUGCACCGCUAUUUCUUCGGUAGAAAUAUUCGCUACCCAGAAAAUUCUUCGAAGCCGAAUGCGACAGCGGUUGUUCUCGGUGAUGGAAAAGGUCCUGGUGGCGAGCAGACAUACGACACCGGAUUCAACCGAUACAAUCUGAACUUCGUUGCGGUCUGGGGUUCCGAUAUCAGGGACCAACUCCCCAUCGCGGACGAUGAUGAGCAGGACAUCACUGCGGACAUCCCCAGACGAACUGGUCGACCAUUCCUCAUCGAUACGCGCUCCGUUGUCGGCCACUUCAGCUUCUUCACUCAACACGACGGGAUCACCAAAAGUGAUCUCCUUGAUCGGUAUCGCGCAUUCGCAAACGAGGCUGUUUGCACGCCAAACAACCUGAAGAAGCCAUAUGACCAGAUGUGCGAUGGUUUCCGAGCUGAAGGCGGUCUAGGACGGUAG